CCAGCUCGCUCGCUUGCUCGGUCGGUAGUUCUUCCGGCCUCCAUCUUAGACUGGCUUCGGGGCCGGGGCGGCGGUUUCUGGUUGCUCCCGGGACGGCGGGGCUGCCUCGGGGCCCCUUGUUGCGCGGCCCCGGUGUGUGACGCGGCCGGGACGGCCUGCUGAGUCGAGGCCUGAGGCCGAAGCAGCCGUAGCAGCAGCUCCCCAGUGGACGGCGAUGGACGCCCGGGCCCUGUCCGCCCCUCGACGCCGCUCCCCUUCCGCCCGCCGCAGCCGCUGAGCCCCCCCCCCCCCCCCCGCAACCGCCCCGCUCGCCCCUUCUCGCCGGCCCGAUGGAGCCGCCGGUCACGCUCAUCAUCAAGGCGCCCAACCAGAAAUACACCGACCAGGCCGUCAGCUGCUGCCUGGACUGGACCGUGGGCCGCCUCAAGAGCCACCUCGCCCAGGUCUACCCCAGCAAGCCGUCAACAAAGGAUCAGAGGCUGGUAUAUUCUGGCAGAUUACUUCCUGAUCACCUGCAGCUGAAAGAUAUACUCAGAAAACAAGAUGAGUAUCAUAUGGUUCAUCUAGUAUGUUCUUCACGGACACCCCCAAGCUCUCCAGAGCCUGAUACCCGUAGGGAAGACUCUAGAUCAUCAACAUCUAGUAACGUCUUGAGUUCAGAACGUUCAGGAUCAACAACCCCUUCACCAUCCCAAGAAACAUUGCAUUCAGCUACCAGCAGUAGCUCUGAUGGUGUGAGACAUCGGAAUCUUCCGCAAGCCCAAAGCAAUCCAACGCAGAGCCAUCCUAUCCCAUACAUAAUGCAAGGCAACGUAGGCGACCAGCUCCCUGGGCAAGGAGUGCCGGCUGGGUUCCCCGUGUAUCCUGCUUUCAGCCCACUUCAGAUGAUAUGGUGGCAGCAGAUGUAUGCACGGCAGUACUAUAUGCAGUACCAAGCUGCAGUUUCAGCCCAGGCCACACCCAGCUCAGAGUCGGCCAGCCCUUCAGCCCCGCAGCCUGCAAAUUCUGAGCAUGCUCCGACCAAUGAGCCCCCCGCAGCACCAAAUGUAGCCGCCCAGGAGAACAGGCCUGUCAAUCAAAAUGUCCAGAUGAAUGCGCAGGGAGGCCCGGUAAUGAACGAGGAGGACUUCAAUCAAGACUGGCUGGACUGGAUGUACAUGGUUUCCAGAGCAGCUAUCCUCCUUAGCAUUGUAUAUUUUUAUUCCUCCUUCAGUCGGUUUGUGAUGGUGAUGGGAGCCGUGUUACUGGUGUGCCUACACCAAGCCGGGUGGUUUCCAUUCAGGCAAGAUGGAAUUCAGCAGCCUGCUGCAAACAAUAACGCAGAUGUGAACCAUGAUGGGCAAAACGUGAAUAAUGCCGGACUUGAAGAGAUGGAGCGCCUUAUGGACGACGGAAUCGACGAAGACAGCGGCGAAGAUGCAGCCGACGUGAACGCAGAGCCACAUCCGGGAUUUAUGGCUUCCGCUUGGUCCUUCAUCACCACCUUUUUUACAUCCCUCAUUCCUGAAGGGCCGCCUCCGGUUGGCAACUAGGCUAAGGGCAAGCGGAGAGCGAUAGAACAGUUGUGCUUAAAAGUGGACGUUGACUCUAGUGGAAUUUUAAAUACAGUGCAAUUUCAAAAGAUUUAUAAUGUAAACUUUCUGAUCAUGGUGUAAAGGACAAUGUGUAUUUCCCCCUCCCUUCCAGCUUCCUCACGCGUAUAAAUAUUUUAAGCAACAGCGGACUACUUAACAAAAUGCUUUUUAAAAGGUUCUUCUUUCCCUAAAGAAGAAUAAAACAUACAAAAAAACCGGUCUUCCAUGUUUUGUUUGAACCGUGUGAACUCCGAGACGAGGAGUUUGUAGUCGAUGUGUUGCCUCAUCCCUCGAAGGAGCUAUUUAAAUUACAAAAUGAAAUUCUUUACAAAAAAAGA